UACCCCAAACCUAAAUUUAACAACUACCUUACUAUUUAUAAGCAGCAAAUUGGGAGUUUGAGGCAAAAUCAUAGUUAAUGGUUUGUUAAUAGCGAGAAUCGCACUAUAAAAUAAAGUGUGACCCUUUGAAGAUUCUUCAAAUUUUGUCCUUUUAUGCUCCACAAAAAUUACCAGUAUUUGUUAAUAGAUUUACAUAAGAGUCAGUAAACGAUGACAGGUUAUUAAUUUUGGGUUCAAUGUUUCCUUUAUCUGUCAUUUUGUGAUUCACGCACCCCAAAGGGACUACGAUUUGAUCUGUGAGAGCUUAGCUGUGUCUGGUUUGUAUAUACAUGCUUGGCUCUUUUUUUAAUGUGAAUUUACAGUUAUAGCUGUAAACACUGUUGCAUUAAACCUGUUCGAAAUAAAACGUUAUUUGAAACUUCAAAUGCCUCUUUUAGUUGCGUGAACACUUCCCAUUCGGUCUCUCAGCAGCCAGCACGUCAGACACGCAGCUGCUGUUUCCUGUGUCCAGGCAUCCGCUCAGUUUUAUCUCCACGGUAACAGCGACCGCAUGAUGUCACCCCACGUCUACCGUCGCCGUAACGGCCGCGAGUACCGCAGUAUGCGAGCGCCGACUGCCGUCUAGAGUCUCCGCGCAUGGAUCCGUCAGCGCCCCUCCCCUUCUACGCUCGCUCCGGAGAUCGGCCAUGUUGCCUCUCGCGCUUGUUCCGGUAUCAGGCACGAGCGUUUGAGCAGCUCGGCCGCAGUACACCACCGAUCCGUCUCCUCUGAAACCCGUUUCACCCCAGCCCCGAGGCCAAUCAUGGAUUGUACUACCUGACUCUGGAUGUUUGUUUUCGGACGCGAGCCCUCAGACGUUUCCUUUAAUUCAAGAACCGUUUGUCACCGGGAUCCAGUGAGUGGCGGAAGACGGUUUCGUGGAUCAUGAGGGUUUUUCGGGAUUGAUCUUUUCUUUUUUUUUUUUUCUUUUUUUUGGAAACCUACCUUACGUUUGCUAGUCUUUCGUUAUUAACGUAACAGUUGGCCCUCACGGUUGUUUCUGUACAUCCGUGUUCAGUCUUGCGCCGUUUGUUUCGUUUACGGAUGAGGGUUUUCACCUUUUGUUGACACUUAUUUUUGAAGGUCGGUAAAAUUGUGAUUUUUGGUUGACCUAACAUUUGAUAUCGCUCGCAGAGUGACCCUUUUCAUGUUUUUGGCUGAUUUAAGACCUGAGAGGAUAUGAAUUGUUUUUAAACUCUUAUUCGGUUGGGAAGCAGAUUUAAAUUUCUUAAGUGAGCAACGUCUCACGAGAAGACUUAAAAUCCUUCAUAAAUCCUCCUCAAGGACCUGCCCUUUAUUUUCAACUGGAGACUUCAAAACAAGUUUUUUGUUUAUCUCCACACAUGGACUGAUGUUGGGCUUCAACUUGUUGAUCUCUGUCUGCGUGGCUAGUUCAGGCUAGCUAGCAACACGGAUCACUUCUGUCAGCUCAGACAAAUAGCCUCAAACGACAAGCUUAUAAAUGCCUGUCAACCACUGAAUACAAUCUUCCAUUUAUAUUUGUUCCUUUGGCCCUGUGUUUGAGAAUCCCUGGGAGAAAAUGUCAACCCGGCCUCAAGGAGCAGGUGUUAUUGAGAAUUCAUCCAGCCAGACCCACACUGAUGCCAAAGGAGGAGGGCGUUCCAGUGUGUCACGUAGUCGGAAUGUGGCACCGACUGUGGAUGAAAGUCCCCACAUAGGAAAUUACAGACUGCUGAAGACCAUCGGCAAGGGCAACUUUGCCAAGGUUAAACUGGCCCGACAUGUCCUCACUUCUAAAGAGGUAGCAGUGAAAAUCAUAGACAAGACACAACUCAACUCUUCUAGUCUUCAGAAACUCUACCGAGAAGUGAGACUCAUGAAGUUUCUGAAUCACCCAAACAUUGUGAAGUUAUUUGAGGUGAUUGAUACAGAGAAGACGCUGUAUUUAGUAAUGGAAUAUGCCAGUGGAGGCGAGGUUUUUGAUUACCUUGUUGCUCAUGGGAGGAUGAAAGAAAAGGAAGCGCGUGCCAAAUUUAGACAGAUUGUCUCAGCUGUGCAGUAUUGCCAUCAAAAGUGUAUAGUACACAGAGAUCUCAAGGCUGAGAAUCUUUUACUGGAUGCUGACAUGAACAUAAAGAUCGCUGACUUUGGUUUUAGUAAUGAGUUUACGAUGGGAAAUAAAUUGGACACGUUUUGUGGGAGCCCACCGUAUGCCGCCCCUGAACUCUUCCAGGGCAAAAAGUAUGAUGGUCCAGAGGUGGAUGUGUGGAGUCUCGGGGUCAUACUUUACACACUGGUCAGUGGCUCGCUGCCUUUCGAUGGACAGAACCUGAAGGAGUUGCGAGAGCGUGUGUUAAGAGGGAAGUAUAGGAUUCCUUUCUACAUGUCCACAGACUGUGAGAACCUGCUGAAGAAGUUUCUCAUCCUCAAUCCUACCAAGAGGGGAAGUUUGGAGCAGCAGAUCAUGAAGGAUCGCUGGAUGAAUGUAGGUCAUGAAGAUGAUGAGCUGAAGCCUUACAUUGAGCCCCAACCCGACUACAAAGACCCCAGGAGAACAGACAUAAUGAUUCAGAUGGGUUUCAGUCAAGAGGAAAUAGAGGAAUCUUUCGUCAAACAAAAAUACGAUGAAGUCAUGGCAACCUACCUGCUGCUUGACUAUAGGAAUUCAGAGCUCGACGAGGGUGUCAACUUGUCGCUAAAGCCACGCCCAGGAAAUGACCUCACUAACAGCAAUGGCCCUUCUCCACCUCAUAUGGUACAGCGCAGUGUUUCAUCCACUCAGAAACCUGUCAGAAGACCAACAGAUCAGGGCUCAUACUCGAAACGGUCUCAGGGAGAAAACAAGCAUGGAGUGGAGGAUUCUGGGAGGAAAGGUUCAAGUAGCUCUACCAAAGUUCCCCCCAGUCCAGCUAUCUCCAGUGAACGCAAAAAGAGUUCCACUCCCUCUGCCAAUAGUAUCCUGUCCACGGGCACGAGCCGCAGCAGAAAUUCCCCCGUAUCUGAAAGAGCCACUCUGGGAGUGCAAAACGGCAAGGACAGCCUAAACACCCCCGGGUCCCGCGCCUCCACGGCCUCGGCCGGCGCCGUGCUCUCCUCAUCUUCCUCUUCCUCACGCACCCGCCAUCACAAGUCCCUCUCCACCUCCGCCCAUCCUUGCCCCGCAGACCUGCACUCACACCGGCCCAGUGAGCAGAGGGCACCUGGUGCAUCCCCGUCAGCCCACAAUAUCAGCAGCGCAGCUGGGACAGACCGUACCAAUUUCCCUAGAGGGGUGCCCACCCGCAACACCUUCCACCUCGGCCAGCAGCGGGGCGCACGGGACCAACAGGCUUCUCCUUACCAUGGAGCCCCCGCCUCACCUUCCCUGUCCCACGGAAACAGCCAACAACGACGGCCUGGGGCUUCCGGCAUCUUCAGCAGGUUCACCUCCAAGUUUGUGCGCAGAAAUAUCUCACUCAGAUUCCCCAAAAGGAGCCCCUAUGAGGGAGAGGGUCAAGAGGAGGGGAUCAGAUCUAUGCUCAGCAGUGCAGAGAAGUCGGAGAAGACCAGCGUAGGGCCGGAAGACGACAACAAAGACUCUUCUUUCUCCCCGGAGGGCGUGUCCUCAGUUAAAGACCAGGUGAAGCCUCGCUCCCUCCGCUUCACCUGGAACAUGAAGACCACAUCUGCCUUGGAGCCCAGUGAGAUGAUGAAGGAGAUUCGGAAGGUUCUUGACGCCAACAGCUGCGAGUACGAGCUGCGCGAGCCAUUCAUGCUACUGUGCGUGGCUGGUAGCCCCGUCCGUGACGACUUCGUCCAAUGGGAGAUGGAGGUGUGCAAGCUGCCCCGCCUCUCACUUAAUGGUGUGCGCUUCAAGAGGAUAUCCGGAACGUCUAUUGCCUUCAAAAACAUCGCCUCCAAAAUCUCCAAUGAGCUGAAACUUUGAGAGGAAAAGGAGAUGAGAAAAUGCAAGUGAAAAGUAGCAUGGUAAAGAGUCUCUGAACAGGGAUGAGUGAGAAUCGCAUUGCUCAAACACAGCCUGCUGGUAUGGGUAGGUGUAGAGAGAGAUAUAAGAUCAGAUUCAAUUAGCACACUGGCCCUUCAUUCCUGCUCAGUUUUGGAAGAGUAUUCUCUGCAGGUUCUUGGUUCAUUGGCCUAAAUGUGUUCAAUUCAGAAAGGCGCCAAGUCACGACGGGGUUUGUGUCUGCUGAAAAUGAAUUUUGAACUAAUUUCGGUCUCUUCGUAUACUCACACACAUAUGCACCUGUUGCCUAUUGAAAUGGACAGAGCUUAAAAAGCCAAACUUGAAAGAGGUGUGGCCAUUGACUUGAGAAACUAAAGUAUUCACAGGGUGGAGGUGGGCAGUUUGGGACUGAUGUUUGUGCCCCCUUUUAUUUCUUCCUCUUAUUCUGUCGACAGGGUCAGAACUUGAUCAACAUUGAGAGGACUGUAAAUUCUGGUUAAGGUGAUUUUAAUUCUCAAUCGGCUGGGUUUAGAUCUGCUGCACUGGAAUGGGUGAAUUUCUGUUGCCUUUUUAUUUUCUUAUAGAAAUUAAAUGUUUCAUUGUUGUGUUUACCAAUGAUUGCUUUAAUAUUAUUCUUAGGAAAAACAAAUUAAUCUUUUUUUUCUUUCUUUCUUUUUUUUUGUGCUCUCGUGUUAUUGAUCGUGCUAUGCCUUUGUAUAAACAAUGUCUGAAAAAGCACCACCUGACCCUUUCACACUCUCGCCCCAUUUUGUUGCAAAGGAUUAUGGGCCAGCAAGUACUCUUCUCACACUUAAACCAACAAAGUCACUGGAAAAGACAUUAAAAGGACUCAAUUCAUGCAACUAAUCAUUCCCAUGCCAUUUUCAUGACUAAAGAACUGAUGUCAAGUUGUUCUUCUCUGCAUUUAAAACACAUUUCAUGAUUCAAGCCAAGAACUUUCCACCUCAGUCUCGUCUGCGGGUCAACUUUUUGGCAUUAAGCAUUUGAUGGUUCACUCUUUAUGAAAAUGUGUCGUGAUUGAAUGUGUAUGAGAGAUGGAGUGUCGUGUCUGAAUAACCAAAAGGCUUGCUUAGUUUCAUAUUCAAUGCAGAGACUAAUUAUAUGUAGCCUUGACACAAAAAGUAACUGCCAUGAAGAGUCAAAUAUUGGCAUUCUGUUAAUUCCAAUAUUUUGUUGGCAUUAUCUUUUCACUAUUGAAUUGUCAUUCUUGCACAAGCAGAUCAGUAAUUUGAGCAGACAGGAAUCAACCUGUAGAAUUGUCUGCAUAAAAGAGAAAAAGGUACACUCGUUCUGAGCUAGAGAGUCAGUGUGUUUCCAUGCAUUUCUGCUGAGCUGUACAUGCUUGCAUGCAUCCUCUAGUUGACAUCAGGUGCACUGUCACCUCUGUUGUUGUGUAAAAAGGAAGGGGGUUAAGAUCAGAUCUCCUUAAAAAGUCUGUCACCAGUUUGGGGGACAGCUGUGCACAUGUGUGUUUUAUAUCUUCAUAGAAAAUGUACUUUGCUGUUCUCACAAACGAUCAUUUGUUGAAGGUGCUGGGGAUCCAAUUAUCUUAAGCAUUGUUUGUUUUUCUUCAGGGUUGAUUAUUUUUAUCCAUUCAAGUUUUUUGUUGCUGUAAUUUUAUUAUUUGUGUCAGACACUUUGCUGUUGGUUUAGGGGGGCUCGCAUAGAAUUACCACAUACGUUUUUUUUUUUUUUGUUCUUCUACUUUUUGUGCAAAGAUGAUUAUGAUCAAUGAUAGUAAUAAAACAAAUUCAAGCUCACUGUAUUAAACUGAUGCAGUAUGUUCUGACAUUUAAUAUACCUAUUUUUGGCAUCUCUGAAGGUAUGUUUGAUAGCUAUUCUCUUGAAAUACUUGCUUGUAAUUGGUGUAUAGUAAUAAUUGUGUCCUUACCUGGUGCCAGAAGUUAAUAUCCUAAUAAUAUCCAGAAGUUUGGUCCUAAACCAGGGCUUUCCAAUCUUUUAGAGGAACUAAAAGAAAUAAAAAAAGAAAUUAUACAAUCCGUGUAAUUCAUGCCAUGCUCACACACUUGGCAUGAAUAUCAUCUGUAACAAGUGACAAAAUUAAAAAAUAUAUAUAAACAUGGUGACAUUACUUUGGAAAGUUAUAUUAUAGAUGAUACAAGUGUUAACUCGAGGAAGCAUUUUUUCUGUCAAAUCUUAAUUAUUGCUCUGGUUACUAAUAUAUCCUCGGUUCCCUGAGAUAAAGGAAUGAGCAUCACAUCACUGACGCUUAUGGGGAAACUUCUGUUUACUCUGAUACUGAAGCCUGAUUUGCUCAUGUUCGUGUAACUGCACGAGCCAAUGGCUUUUCAACAUGCCGAAAGGGGAGGAGCCAACUGCUAUAUAAGUUCAGUCAGAAUCUUUUGAAUUUAGUGAAGUAUCCUUCACUUCAGAACAUUCAUUCAUGGAUUUGCGCUGCACAAUGUCUUCACACAAGGACAAGUGUGACAUCAUAUACCUCGGUAAAUAAGUACAAUUUAAAUACACGUACUUCACAGGGCACUUGCAUUCGAAUAGAACAAAUGUCUGAAGCAAUAAGAGAGACAUACAAAAUGUGUAGACGGGGUCGCGAGGACUGGAAUCGAGAAUCGCUGGCCUAUGCAAUGCUCAUUCCUUUAUCUCAGGGAACAAAGGUUGCGUUAAUAAUAGGAGCAUUCUCUUUCGAAUGGUCUUUCCUUCUGACUCUUAUGUGGAACACAUCCAAUAAUUUACUAUGAGUAAGUGCAGGACAAAGCCACAUCCCAAUUUUAAAAAUCUUGGAAAAGUAGACUUUGACGACCAGUCGGUGGCUGCACAAAUUUCACCAAUAGAAAUCCGACUGGACCACACCCCAGAUGAGGCCAUUCCUCUGGUGGAGUGGGCUCACACAACAAUAGGACACUGCAAGCCCGCUAAGAUGUGAGCCAGGGUUACAGCUGCUCUGAGCCCCUAAAUGGGCAGGAGAGCUCAUACACUCUAAGAGCCCAAACCAGGCAGAGUGAAUUAGGACCCUAGCUGGAAAAAUUUAUUUUUGUAUUUGUCUUUUAUUGCAUUAUUGAAAAAUGAUUUUCCUGUUAAGCUCUUCCUGUUUAUUUACACUGUAAAGCUUCUUUGACACAAUUAGUAAUGUAUAAAGCACUAUAAAAAAUAAAGAUGAGAUGGCUUGA